GAGAGGAUGAAGAUAUGGAGUGAAUGAAGAGGAAGAGAGGUGCUUGUAUUUAUAGUUGAAAUCCUGCCGACAGACCGAGGAAAUUCCGACGGAAUUCCGACGCCAACGGCUAGUUCGUCAGAAUUUCCUCGGAAUUUUUAAAAUCCCCCAACGGCUCUCCAACGGCUCUCUAACGGCUAUAAUAUAUCCUCGGAAUUCAUCGGUUUUUUCCGAGGAAUACAUUUUUCCUCAGUAUUCCAUAAGAAUAUUCCGAUGGAUUGAUAUUUCCUCAGAAUUCCGUCGGUAUAUUCCGAGAAAACCAAAUUUUGUGUUUCCUCGGAAUAUCCUCGGAAAUUCCUCGGGAUAUUCUAAGGAUUUCAUUUUCCGUCGGAAUAUCCGAGGAUUUCAUUUUCCAUCGGAAUAUCCGUCAGAAUACCGCUGUUUUCUUGUAGUGAAUUUUGUAAUCGAUUCAAACCAUAUUUUAUUAAUAAUAUAAUAUAAUUUUUUUUUAAAGAAUAUAUGAUAUGCAAAUGGGUACCCAUUAACUUAGUUGUGUUAUCUCCUGUAAGAUUUAAUUUUGAAUAUGUACCUGCAUACACUUGGUCAUAGUGAAACAUAACAUAGCUUAAUUUUUUUUUACAUAGCUCACUUUAAUAAACAGAAAACACACAUAGCUUAAAACGACAUUUUAUAGUCAAACUCUUUUGUGACGAUUAAAGAAGAGUUGAGUAUAUUUUUAUAUGAGUUUGUUGGAUGGAAACAAGGUUUUUUUAUCUGUUAGAUUAAGAGUUAGGCUAGAAAUAUUUGGUCACUGAAAAAAAGACACGUUCGAAUACAUCAUAUUAAUGUAUAGAGUAUACUCGUUGUUACCUGUACAAUGAACCCAAAUGCAUGAGGUCUAACCGUCUAAGCAAUGACACUUGAUAAUAUACAGUACACAUGAAGUCUAAGCAAUGUUAAGACUUAAUAAUACACAGUGACAGAGACGCCAGUUUUUAGGUUUUGAAUUUCGGGCAAUAAAAUUAUAUUUAACGUAAAGUGAGUAAAUAGUUAUGAAAGUAACUGGUCCGGGCAGAGAAAGUUUCGUCGAUAGAAAAGAUCGUCUUCGUCUCCCAAAAACCUAUAUUUAGUAUCUUGCACCUUCUCAUGCAUAUCACGUGCCGCACGGCUCCUCUACCUCCACUGAAUAGUUUUUCUAAUACAUGUAAAACUGUUAAUUUUUUUUUACAUCAAAUACUCUAUAUAUUAUUAAGAAAAUUCUAAGAGAUUAAACUUAGAAACCAUCCAAGUAUCCAACUUGGAAGCCUAGUGUGUUUACAUGGGAGAAGAGUAAACCGCUAGACAAAAUGCCUUUUGCGAAGCUAUCAUGUAAAACUGUUAAUUAGGAUCAAAUUUUAGAUAACAUGGUAAGAAGUUUAUGUCAUCAAAUUUAUUAAUACCAUCUCUAAUAUAAGACUCUAUUUUUUUUUCUAAAACAAAGUAAAAGUAAAUAUUGAAUAAAAUAUUUUAACCUUACUUCAUUUUCCAUUCUAUACUAGAAUAAUGAACAAACAAAAAAUAAAUUAUUUCAUUUAUAGAAUAAAUCUCAUUAUUAAGUAAGAAAUAUAGUAAAAUUGAAAUAUUUUUUACUUUAUUCUUAUUUUUACUUCAUUAUAGAAGAAAAAUGGUGUUGGAUUGGAGAGGCCUAAGAACAUUAAAAUAGUCCGUUUAACAGUUAUAUAUAGUCAGUUCUUGUGGCUCUUGAUAAAUCUAGAUCAUUAGUGUAAACUUAACCACGUGCGACUCGCCAAAUUUAUACAGACAUAUAUGUGAACUUUUGAGUAGCUAUUUCUCGGUCAUUACAGCCAAGUCAAUGCGUCAAGAAAGAACGUUAGUGAACAUAUGUAGUUACAACGAUUUGAUUCUCUUGUUUUUAAUAUUUAUAUGAAUUAUAAUAAAACAUGAGAAUAAAAAGUAAGAACCGCAAGGAGAACAAGUAGUGUAUAAAACACUCAUAUGCAUUGGCAAGUUGCAACUCUGUAAUUAAUAGGUAUCAUAUAUAACUGGAAACCUAAUUCAAAUUUAAUAUCCGUAGAGUUUGAUCUCAAUUCUCUACCAGCAUAACAAACAAUUAACCUAAUUCACAUUUAAUAUUUGCAAUUUGUUAUAACAAUCGCCAUAAAACGACGAAUGAGUACGCUUCUCAAGAAUGGCCUGCUCAAUCACACACACAAAUUUGCAUAUUUGCUAAGUAAAUGUUUAGAGUUAAGAAAACGUUAAUUUAUUUACAUGUCCGCUCUGGCCACUGGUGCGUCUCGCCUAGACGCUUUAGAUUAAUUCAACUAAUGUUUAAAAUGUUAUAUUAUGGUAUAAGAUGGUUAUUUUUAGUGAUAAACUAAUUAUCAUAAUUUACAAGGUAUAUGAUUCGAUUCCAUAAGUCUUUAUCCACAUGUCGAAAGAGUAUAGUCCAUAUAUUUAAAAUUCAAUGUAAUAGGUUUGUUGGAACUUGUAGCUGUGAUAAAUAAAUUAUGCAUGUCGUUGUGAAUAUUAUUAAUGUUUCAACUGGUUAUAAUUGAAGUUUUUGGACGGUUGUUCUGCUGGUUCAUUGUCUUUCAUUUUUUUUUAUGUUGAUACCAAAUUAACUUUGAAUAUACAACGACAACAAACUAACAAAUGAAACUAUUAAUAAAAAAGAUUACAUAACAUGAAGCAUUCUAAAUCUGCAGAAACAUCAUCACCUAUAAUAAAUACUCUACUAAACUAAUUGUCUUAAGAUGAUAAAAUGUAAAUGGUAAUAUGUAUGUUAGCCGUAGUCUAUAAUUAUACAGUUCCGUGUAUAAGAGACUUUCUGUGGUAAUGUUUAAACCAUAUGUAUUAUAUGUUUUCACUUCGGAUUAACAUACUAUAUAGAAGUUUGGUAGUGUAUAUGUUUUCGGUGCGGCACAUGGAGAAGAAAGAAACAACCAAAAUGUUCUGAAACAUAGGGAAUGUGCGAUAAUUAACUAUACACUUACAAUAAUUAGAGCACUUAGAUAAAUCUAGUGCUAAGUCCUAACAGUAUAUUUUGUUAUGUCCUAAAUGUUAUAUACCUCCAAAUUUUCUUAAUUAAACAACAUUAUUCAUUCAAACGACAAGAUAUUAUACAUAUCAAACGGUGUCACUGACACCCAUCCUUAUGGCGAGGAACAUAAAUCUUAUGUAGUUACCAAAAAAUGGUUUACAUAUAAUUUAUUUUGACGACUAAAAAUUAACAUAUAUGUAAAACCAUUGAGUUCAGGUUUUACACCGUAGACAUUAAAACACGUGAAGCAUCCAAAUACAUGUGUGAAUCAGUGCAUGCGAUGUGUACGUUAAAAGCUGCUGUAGACAUGUAAGACGAAAUGGAAAAAGUGCUAGAAAGGCAUAAAAGAUAAAAAUGGACCGACUCACUACGACAAAAUUUAAGUAGAGAGUACACACAUAGUAGAGUAGGCUGCUACGGUUUAGGCGUCUCUCUGAAUAAAGAUCAUCUUCUUCUCCAUUCAUUUAUGAUGCUCCCUUAUGUUUUACUCAUCACAUUUAAAUCCAACAAUAUUCAUCACAUUAAACAAUACUAAUACUAAUAAUAAAAAAGCGUUUCAACAGCUUUGAAUAAGUAAAUAGCAACGAAAAUAAUAAUUCGCAUAAUUAUAUAGACAAUUGAUUCUAAAAUAACAUACUAUGAAAUUUUAUGUGACUGCGUAGUAAAUUUAUUUCAUCUCAUCUUCAAUAUUCUAACUACAACACCUCGAUUAUAUAAUAAGAGUACCAUCAACCAUAUUAAUCCUAGUGACAGUGAACUACACCAAUUAUUCGGAUCUAGAAUUACAUCAGUAGGCUCGUAGGGUGAGUUUUUUAAAUUUACUCCUGAGGAAACGCCGACGGAUCUCAGACUAUAUAGCCAAGAACGUUAGACGAAGACCAAAGCCAAAGCAGUAACUUUAAAAAUUAAUAGCAUUUUUAAAGGUCAUUUUCUUUUCUAAUUUUUUUUUUGAAAAUAGCAAAAUAUCUUGAUAAUCCCAAUAAUUAAAUUUCACUAUUCUUUUGAUUAUGAAAGAAGAAAAAAAAUGAAGGACGCUUUUAUAAAAAAAAACUCAACCCCACCAUUUUCUCCUGUUCUUUGUCUCUCCCACCACCAUUCUCUGUAUUAAUUCAACCUUCAUCGUUUCGCAUUAAAAACUCAAAAACAUUUUCUUUCCCUCUCACAAAAGUUUCAGUCACUUAGAAAGACAAAAAAAAAAAAAGAAGUUUGAAGAUGAUGAACGGUUUGAAAAGAACGUUUUGGAUUUCCAAACAUAGAAAGACAGAGGAUAGAGUUGACGAUCGGGCAAAACCCACUUCAAGGUUCGGUUUAUUCUCUAACCCGUCUACUCCAAAGUCCGAGACCCGACCCGAUUCAGCUAGCCCCACUCUUCGUUGCCAGAGCUGGGGCGCUACGGCCGUUGCCACUCCCUCCUCACCGUCUCUUCCCGCUAGUCCCAAUCUCCAGUGCAUGACUUCCGGCGACGUAACUCCGACAGCGACUACGCCAAGGAGAAACAGAAGCCCUCUCUCUCUUCUCAGCCUUUCUUCCCCUUCGUCGCCGGCGAGCUUCUCUCUCCUCAAAGCAAAACUCUGUUUCACUAAAAGUAACGGCAGCAGAUGUGGGAUUUGCUUACAGAGCGCGAAAGCAGGGAGAGGAACGGCGAUAUUCACGGCGGAGUGCUCUCACACUUUUCAUUUCCCGUGUGUCGCCUCACGCGCCGGUGAUCUUACUCUACUCGCCGCAUGCCCCGUUUGCGGCGCCUCGUGGAGAGACACAUCACUUCUCCCUCUCCACGACUUGAAAUCCCCAGAAUCCGAAUCCGAAUCCAGGACCCGAGAAUCAUCGUCCAACAAGUCCUUAAGAGUCUACAACGACGACGAGCCUUUGAUCUCCUCUCCGAUCUCGCCUGCCGGUUUCAACACCAUACUCGAAUCAGACGAAAACGAAGACGACGAAGAAGAAGAUAACGGAGGUUUCAAAGGCUUCUUCGUUAACACGCCGUUAACGUCAAAUAAACGGUUAACUGAUUCCGUCGACGUCAAGCUGUCUUCGGAAGCGGCGGUUGUGGCCGUUGGAAGAGGUAGUUACGAGACCUACUCUGUGCUGAUGAAGAUCAAAUCUCCUCCGUUACCUGCGUCGCGGCCCAGACCUCCCGUGGAUUUAGUAACGGUUCUCGACGUCGGCGGAAGCAGGGUCGAGACGGUGAGGCGAGCGAUGAGGCUGGUGAUUUCGUCUCUCCGGGAGAACGAUCGUCUCUCGAUGGUCUCGUUCUCGUCGAGCUCGAAGCGUCUAUCGCCGCUGCGAAGGAUGACGGCGAACGGAAGGAGAGUAGCUCGUCGGAUUCUCGACGAUAUCUCCGGCGACGGCGAGGGGAUGAGCGUGAAGGAUGCUGUUAAGAAGGCUGCUAAGGUGAUCGAGGAUCGCCGGCAGAGAAAUCUGUUCGCCACCAUCUUCGUCUUAACGGACUCGGCCCAUCAGGCCCAAUCAGAUUUCGUGUCGUCCACGCGCGUCUCUCUGUUAGAAAUCCCAACGCACACCCUUUACCUCGGCGCGUGUACCAAAGUUAUCCCGGAGGACGUGUUUGCCAAACGCAUCAAAGGUUUGUUGAGUGUCUCCGUACAGGAUCUUACUUUACAGCUCGGGUCGGGUCAAGGAGAGAUUACGUCGGUUUACUCACUAUCGGGUCGACCCAUUUGGCUUGGAUCCGGGCUCAUUCGGUUGGGUGACAUGUACGGGGAAGAAGAAAGACAAGUGUUGGUGGAACUAAAAUCACCUGCAUCUGGUAAGUCCCACAGAAUCAUGACCGUCCGAUCCCGCCACGUAGAUCCAACCACUCAGGAAACAAGGGACUCGGAUGAUAGAGCGCUUCUGAUACCACGUCCUACAGCCGCCAGAUCAUCAUCCAACACGAACAUUGCACGACUCAGAAACGUCCACGUCAGCACACGAGCCGUGGCAGAGUCUCGGCGACUGAUCGAAGCCAGUGAUUACUCGGGUGCUGAGCGAAUGCUGACGUCAGCUCGAGCCUUGCUGGUGCAAUAUGGCUUGAGUUCUGGCGACGCGUGCUUACGUGGUUUGGACACUGAGAUAGCAGAUUUGAACCGCGUGAGAGGUAGUAGACACGUGGCUGUGAAGAGCCCAGUGCCUGUGGCUCAGAAGACUGAGCCGUUGACACCAACUUCAGCUUGGAGAGCGGCUGAAAGAUUGGCUAAGGUGGCGAUCAUGAAGAAGCAUAUGAACAGAGUCAGUGACCUCCAUGGGUUUGAAAAUGCUAGAUUCUAGUCUGUUCUUCUGGUUUGAUGUUUCUGUAUUUCUUUUUCUUUAAGAUAAAGUUAUGUAAUGAAGUGACACAAAGAAAUAGAACGGUAAAAAAUGGUAUAUGCAACAUAUUUUUAUUGAGUCUUACCAAAUCUUUUGAAACUAGUUUUGGAUAUAUUCACUAUGGAUGGCCGACUGUAAUUUCAUGAAAAGUAAAUGGGUCAAAGGAAGUAUUUUUCUUUUGACUUUUUAGUUUUUAGUUGAUGUGAAAUGCAGAAAUAAUGGUAUUUUACUAUUUUUGUUUGGAUAUAUGGCAUAUUUAAUUUGUGGGUGCUCCAUUUUUUGUAUAUAAAAAGAUGAAAUUGGGUCACAAAUAUUUUCUUUAGCAACGGCGGAAUUAGUCUUUGCUUUUUGUCUCAUGUACUUUGUACACUGAGGAGAUCUCAUGAUGAUAUAGUCUAACCUUUUAACUUGUACUCCCACUUAUUGUGCCACUACUGUGUUCCCCAUUAUAAUUUCACAAUUAUGUUCCCCAUUAACUACCAAUAACACUCUAGCCAAUCAGUCAAAGUGAAGAAAGAAAUUUUUUUGCAAAGUGCUCACCAUUGUUUUUGGUACGUUUAAUCUGGAUAGGUGUGCUCCACUCAUAUCCAAUAAUGAGUGGCAUACAUUGAAUUGAACUCUCUCUUCAUACAAAUUCAACAUGAUGAUCUUCUUUAGGAUUUGGUAUAUGCAAGAUUCAAAUCAUAUAGCACCUCUAAAGCACCAAAAGGAAAAGUUACAAGCUCAAAUAGUUUUAGUGUAAGAACUACUGAAACAGUGAUGAUAUAUCUGAUUUAAAACUAAUUUUGGAAAUACAAAGAAUUUCUAUAUUUAAAAAGUUGAACAAACAAGUAGCAACACAAACACGGUCUUAUGGGAUGUCCAAAACUUCCCUGGAUUUUUUUUUGGUACAUAAAAGUCCAUCAAAACAAUACACAGAAUACAUUUACAUUUUUGCCUUCGUUUCAGAAAUGUAACUGCCUACACCUUGAGAUGUCUACAUCGGAUGUGCAACAAGGACAUUUGAAAGACGACUUAGUACCAUUCUUCGACAUUUUUGUUGAUAGAUCUAUGUUUUCUCGCUAGUUGAGAGCUUCUUGAGAGUUUCCCUCUUGAGAUAUCUCUAAAAGUAGAAAACGUAAUCUGUGAAGCUUCGUCUUAGAGAUCAGACCUCACUUUCUUUAGUUUAUCUGAGUUUGUGGUUGCCCGGUUAAGAGCUGCUCCAAGUUCUCCCCUCUUUAUAGCUUCUAUUAUCUCAUACAUCUCCAAGAAAGAUUGUCUUGUUGUGCAUUCUCAGUGACUAACAUUUCCCUAUUAAUUUUUUGGAUAUGAUGAUUGAGAAACAUAAAUGGAUUAUUUUGUUCAAUCUCUAGGCCCAAAUGUUAGUUGCCAAUUUUUUUUGUGUACAAAACUUAGACCAGGAUUAUGGGAGAUCCUUAAGUGGGUUUUUAGAAAAAAUGGCUGAUUUAAUUAAAUAGAAACUAAUUAAAAAGAGAGUAACCGAUCCUUAAUCUGAUACUUUGGUGAUCGAUUUAAAGAGGAGUUACUAGGGCACGUGUCAGCACAUCAGAAUUUUUCUAUUUUUUUCUUUUUUCUCUUUUUCUUUACUUAUUUUCUUCUUGUUUUCUCCCUCUGUUGGCGUCUCGGCUCCUCUCGUCUUCUACGAUCGCGAGACCUCUCUUCCGGCGGCGAGUUAAUCAGAUACCUCCGGCGAGUUAAUCAGAAUUUAUAUCCAAGAAGAAAUAGGAACACACAUUUCUUGUUGUAACAUCUUAGUUUAAUUAGUUUUGUAUAAUAGAGUAAUUAAUGGAAGUGAUUAAUAGUAGGACCAAAAUUAAUUAGUUAAUGAGUAGGUGCAACAACAUUUUCUAAGUAGAUUUUUUAGGACUCCUUCUCUUUUAAUAUUAUUGAUUCUUCAAUAUUCUAUCAAACUCUAUCUGCAUCAUAUACUCUAUUCCAUCAAAUUGCCAUCCUGAUGAACUGUUUUACUUGCAUUAUUCUUUUGAUUUUCUAUUAAUUUAUCUAUAUUAGUCUCUACAUUGUUCAAAUUAUUCGUAAUCAAAUGCAUAUAUGAUGAUUUAGAAACAUUAAUGGAUUAUUUUGUUCAAUUUCUAGACUGGAAGACAUCUUUCGCUACAUAAGAGCAUGAUUAUCCACAGAAACCCAUUUGUGUUUCUUAAGGAUUAUUUAAGUAUAUAAAUGUAUUUUAGUGGAUUUAAGAACUUUACUUAAGAAACUAUUCAAUUUUGUGCCUCCAAUGGUAGUUUCUUAAUUAAAGAUUCUUAAAAAAAAAUCCUAACCAUAACCUAAUUCAAACCAAACAAUCAAUCCUAACAUUUUGACAUAAAUCUAACAUAUUUAUUACCAAGCAAACAAUCCUAACCACAACCUAAUUCAAACGCGUUUUCCUUAACCACAACCUAACUCAAACAAACAGUUAUUAACAAGAGCAGUAAAGAAAAAAAAGGAAAAGUUGAAGAAGAAUACAGUUUUGGUCGAUUACCUCAACUCUCAAACUCGGUGUAGUCACUGUCGGAGAUCAUAGUCUGCUACCACGCCUUCCCUGCUGCCUUGAUUGCCAAAGCCUCAUAUUCAAACCACAGUUAAAAACAAACACUUUACACAAACCACACUCGAGAAGAACUUUAACAUAUUCAUUCUAAUUUUGUCACUAUAUACCAAAAAGACAACAUUUGAGAUCACUUCAAAAGGAUGCAACUAGCGCCAUGGCUUAUAGGAAAACACAGAUAUGAAGAUUCUUGGUCUUGAUGUAAUCUUACUUAUCUACAAUGAGUUGCUUCAUUUCUUGCAGUCAGACCUUUGAUAUGUUCUUCCAAGAACCACUUUCAAAACCGUUUCAAAUAUAUUAAGUUUUUUUUUUCUCAUGGACUUGAGAUGAAGAAGCACUGGUCAAGCAAAACAUGUUUCUCUCUGAAAUCCAGUGAAUUGAAAAGGAGAAAGACUUCAACCAAAAAAAAAAAGGAGAGACAAGUAGAAGUGAUAAAGCACAGUUAUGAAAUUCAUUCGUGGCAUAACCAAAAACUGAAGUUUUCCCAAUCAACAACAAAAACAUCAUAAACCGAAAACAAAGUUACAGUCAACCUUUAUAACAAUCCAUUCUUGAAAUCAAUCUUAAGAACUUGGUCAUCAGUUAUUCCUCAUCUGAUAACAAAGUAUUAAUCAAAAAAAUCACCUUAGCUUGGAGUAGCAGACGAACGCGGACGCUGCAACCAAACCAGCACCAAACCAAUGGCCACCACAACUCUACUCCCAUACCAACCUUUGUGUUUCUCUCUCUGAGAACCAUGUUUUCCCCGAUCUUCUUACAUUAACCACCUUCUUAUCAAGGACAUCGUUGUUGAGUGGAAGAUGAUGGCUCUGACGACGAAUCUGAAGCCGCCUUGGGAUGACGCUUGCUCAUCGUGUUCAGGAUCUGAUUUGGCAAUGGUAAUGGCGAAAACAGAGGUUCUGAUGAGGAAAUUAUACCAAAAGAGAGGCUUCUCUUGGGGGAAGAGUGGUCUCGCGAAAGAGAGGAAGUAUUAAAUAGUGAACGUUUGAUAAAGGUUUUACAAUAAAUAAUAUACUAUUAUUGUCAUUUUAAACACAAUUUGUUUUACGCUAUAUCACCUUUCCAUUAUCAUCUAAUGGCAACUGAACAAAUCCUUAUAGCAUACUAGGGUCGGCCCGCCCUACGGGCGGGAUAUAUUUUACUUAUGAUUUAGGUUAUUAUUUUUUGUAUGAUUUUGUGGUUUGUAUUUUAGGUUUGCAUUUUUAAAAAGUGUGUAUGAUACACUACAAAAAAAAGGAUCAUAUUACAUCACAUAAGCAUAGUAUCAGAAAAACGAAUGAUAUCAAUUUGAGACAAUUAUUAAUUAAUGAUACAAAAUAUUUGUUUUAACAUCAAUUAUUGUAAUCGUUGUUGUUAUUAAAUUAUCUUCGUAUAUAUUAAUCUUUGUUAAGAAAGUGAAAAUCAAUUAAAAGAUAUAUUAUAUUUCACAUACAUGUAAAAAUAUGUAGCUUACUCUAAACUAAAAAUAAUUUUAAUUUUUACUAUUUUUUGUUGUUCUUAUCAGAAAUCAAAGGUUUGAUAAAUUAAUAAAAAUCUUUUAUUUUUUCAUUAAUGUAACUAUUUUACAUUUUUAGUGUUUUUAUAUUUUUAUUUUAAAAUUAAGUAAAAUAAAAAUGCAUGUCACUACAGUUGAGAUUUAAUACAUAAAUUAUGAAUUAUUUUUCAUUCUUAUAUAUUUGUUUGUGAAUGCAUUGGUACUUUUUUAUACGUUUUUAAAACUAUUGAGUUAGAUAAUGUGAAAAAUGAAUCAAUUUACAAUUUUUUUUUCCUAAAGUUAGUUAAAUAACAUAACAAUCUAAAAUUGAUUAUUUAAGUAUACACACAUUAUAUCAAUACUAUUAUCAAAUAAACCAUAUCAUCCAAAUAUUUAUCAAAUAAACCAUAUGAAGCCAAGAUCGUACUACAUUUUCAGAUUAAGUAACACUCAUUCAUUUAAGCAGGAAUUUUAAAAUUAUUUACUAUGAAAUUAAUAAUCCCUUAUAGCAUAUUACUAUAAUAUAAAGUUAUAAAAAUAUAUUCAAACCAAUAGCUACUUUAAAAUCAUAAUAUGUAGACUACAAAAAAUAAUGUAUCUUUACGUUAAUGGAAUUUAAACCAAUAUAUUUUUGGUUAAUUAAGUUCAUAAAGAACUUUAUGAAUCAUAUAAAAUUUUCUUUGUACAACUUAGUUAAAUUGUUUGGAUGGCCAAUUAGUUUAGAGAGAUAUAGAGAAUCAUGGAAUCUAUGGUACCAACAUUGCAUCCAUGUUGUUUGUAUUUCUCUUCUCAUUGACAUUGUCCUCUGCUGUUACUUCUCAGAGAGAGCCACGUAAGAGUAAUUGUUGCAUAUUCUUUCUUUUUCUUCUUGAUUGUAAUUCUCGAAAGAGUCAGCAUGAAGACAUUGGUUUUGGCUCUAAGUAUAGCCAAGUAAGUAGUUCACAAAGCUUUCAUGACUCAGAAGAUAGACACGUAUAAACAUGUUAACCACAUCCCUCAGAAUACAGUGACUGUUGGAAUAAACCAAAAGAUAGAAAUUUACAAAUCAGGAAUUUACUUAUAGAUAUACCAACUCUACUAUUUUCUUUUUUUGUUAAAAUUACAAAAUUAUCUUACCAUAAAAAACGUAAAAAAAAAUGUAAUCAUUAAAUCAGAAAUUUACUUAGAGUAAUCCCAACUUUACUAAUUCCCCCUUUUGUUAAAAUUUACAAAAAUAUCUUACCAUAAAAGUGUAAAAAAUGUAAUCAUUAAUUCUUUUUAUUGUUUGCCUUUUUCCCUCAUCUUUGUUGGUGACAAAACAUUAAAAAGUACAAAUCUCUGAACCUUUCUCAUCUAAUCUAUGUCUUCUCAUGUCCUUCACACGUAUAAAAAUCGCCAAUCCAGGUUUGAUCAGAAUCAUCAUCCAAAUAAUUGCCUCCUUCUCUUGGUUAGAAGAGAGAUAGAGAGAAAUACAUAAUUGUGGAGAUAAAUGGGAAACAGUCUCAACUCAUAUAGCAUUUUUUUCCUUCUCUCAGGUCUGCAAUGGUACAUCUCACCUAUUCCAGUCUGUAUUUAAGAAUCUGAAACAAAAUACUAUCUCUCAUCAUUCCCUCUCUAUAAAAUACAGACAAAACCCACAUUCAUAGAUAAUUCAUUAAUUCUGCUUGCAGAAAGGCCCCAUCCAUGUAUUCCAGAUCUCCAAAAGAAGACCCGAUCAAUUUCUGUCCUUCGUGGCAUGAAACAUACAUAUUAGAUUUGAUGAUAAUACCAAAAAGAAUACACGUAGACUGAAAUCUCAUUAAAACAUCAGAGAAUGCUUGCCUGCAGUGUGAGAAACCAUGUUCAUUGCUGCAAGUUCCAGUUACGGACCAACCCAGUUGCUUGUCCCUUGGAUUGAAGAGGAAGGAAACCAAGCAAGAAUUAAAUCGCAGAGAAGGAAGAAAAUAUAGGAAAAAGCAACGCAGCUCUUAACACAGGUGAGAUUCAUUUUGUGGCACGGCAUAUAAGACAACAACCUCAGUGCUAUGAAGGCUGCACCAUGUGGUCGUGAGAACUUGUUGCAGCUUUAGUACUUCGUACUGUUGUUAUGGCGUAAUGUUCACUACUUGUUGGGGCAAUGCUUGAUUGAACGUCCCGAGAGAGAAGUGCCUAGAGAAAAGAUAAUCAAACACGGAGCCAACAUAAUAGAUUUAAUUAAGCUUUCAAAUUAUAUGAUCAAUCUGAAGAGAAGCACUUUGAACAAAUAGAAGAGACUAAGUCUAAUCCUAGAAAAAACACAGACAUACAAAUAUUUAAUAUUGAUAUUACUCUAUCAAUGAGUAUACUUCUUCCUAAUUAUCAGUAGAAUUCUAAAAUAAUUAGGUCCAUAGAUAGCAUAAGGAGAGAUGCCUGAUGAUUUAUGUCAAGAGAACUAAUAAAGAGCUUAUCUUUGCCUUAGGUCAAAGUUUAGUGAUCUCGUGCAACAAAUUUCUUUUACCAUCAAUUCUCUGCAACACAAUUAUAAAUAGUUUAUUGUCAACUAACGUACUGGAACAAAAAAAAAAAGUCGAGGUCAUCAUAAGCUGGGGAUUUAACAGAAGGAGUAAGCCUGCAUAUAUAUAAAGAUAUCCAAAGUAAUUUAGUAUAUAGCAAAAGAACUUAAGAAACAAACUAAAAGAUAUACAUCCUAUUUUCAAAUCUGAAAUCAAAGAAAUAGAAAUCGAGUGAGAGAAAUUUCCAUACCUAAAAUACGUAUAUAACAGUUUCAUAAUGUUUAGUUUAAGAACACUAUGACCAUCAGUUUAAUAACAUAAAAAGUCUAUGAACAUAAUCUUAAGAACACUUCUAACAUCGAUUAAAAAGCACUUUGAACAUGAGUUUAUGGAUAUAAAGCACUCUGAACAUGAGUUUAAGAACAGAUUUACCUUUGAAUCCAGUAAGAGCACAUCAAGAUACAUCAGUUCCCCUCCACGUUUCACAUUCUUGGCUUCCCAGAAUCUGAGCAACAACACUUAGACGUUGGAGGAGCAGCCUCCAGAUUUCAAAUCAGAAAGAAAGAUUUAGUGUUUUCACAGAUUGUGAGGAUGUUGUUCAAAUGAAAAAGCUAACCUUUUAUAGAUGAAGAAUAGACCGCCUUGCAGAGACAUAACUUACAAUCAAUGCCAAGAUCGUGCUAAAUGUCGGUCUUUGGAGUUAAGAAGGCGAUGAUGGCGUCGAAUCUGUAACUCAGACGGUUUCGGUUGAGUAGAGUAGAAGGCUAAACGACUUAUGUGGAGACAGACGAAGAGAUUCUCCAUCUCGUUUCAGUCAUUGAAACACUAUGUAGCACCGAGACGGAGACGGAUACGGGGACAGAAACGGGGACGGAAUCGGGGACGGGAAACGGCAAAACUAAAAAUGUAAAGAUACGGGUACGGCAUAUAUAUGUGUAAAAAAAUAUAUAAUAUCUAUAAGUUUAAACUAUAAACAAGUCAAACUAUAAAUUUCAACGUAAAAGUAGAGCAAAGAACAUAAAUUCACAACCAUAAACUAAAAAACAGAGCAAAGAACAUAUAGACACGAUCAUAGAGUUAACAAAACAGAGAACAUUUGAUAUAACCACGAGCAGUAACCAUUAGGUAAUUAAAAUAUUGGAGUUAUAAUAGAUAAUGUGAAACACCAUUGAUAGUGUGAGAGAGGACGCAUAAAAAAGUAACGGACUUGGAAGAAGAACAAAAACCUUUGCGACUUGUGUAAGUAAUCAAAUUUGGGCCAUUCCGUUUGGGCUUCAAUUAUGACGAUUAACAAAAUGCCCACACACAUAUCUUAAAAUGAAACUCUGCGGUUUAUUUGACUGGACACGUGUCGGCUCUAUAGGAAAGGAGUUUCCACGUGGACAUCCCAGGAGUGACACCAACAAUUUUUUAUAUAUAUAGAUAUUUAUGUACAUAUUUAAAUUCAUAUUUAAAUAUCAGUUGAAAUAUAUAAAAAUAGUCCUAAUAGCAUGCUCACCAUAACGAAACAAAAAACUUAUGAAUUUCAUUUUAUAUAAUAAAUAUAUAUGAAAUCGGAACAAUUAUAGCAAACAUAAUAAAUCGAAAUAUGAUUUUUUAAUCUUUUUUUUUGGUCAACAUUAUGUUUUAAUCUAUACUACUAAAAUAGGAGCGUUCCUUUUUUAAUGAAAAACAAAAUCUUACCUAAAAUGAUCCUACUUUUCGACGGUAAUUUUAAUACUUACUAGAGCUUGAUCCGCGCGUCCGUGCGAGUGUUUAUUUUUAUUUUUUAUAAAUAAUUUUUUAUUUGUAUUAGUUAUAAUAUAUAUUUUACCCGUUCAAAUAAUUUUUUAAUAUGACAUUUCGAAACACAAUAAUUUUAUUUUUUAUAUUAAGUAAUUUUAUUUUAUCCUGUAAACCAUCAAUUGUAUGAUCAAUAUUUUUAGAAUAUGACAUGUAUAUCCAAACAAAUGUAUUUUUAUUUUUUUUUAUGGAUCAAAACUUUAUGAUAAUAUAUAAUAAUAUUUUUUAUAUAUAAUAUUUAUGGAUUAAAAUUUUAUGAUAAUGUAUAGUAAAAUUGUUGUAUAAACUAUAUAUUAUGUAUUUUUCGAAUUAGUAAAAUAGUUACCGUAUAAUGUAUGUAUUUAAAUAUAAAACUUAUAUAUGGAAUUAAUUAUUUCCAAACACACAUAUAUAAAAUAAUAGUAAAAGACAAAAAAUACAAAAGCUAGGUUUAUUAAUUAUUGUUGCCAUAAAUUUUAGUUAAAAUUUAAUUUGGGAAAUACAUUAAUUAAAGAAGAAAAGACAAAGAAUCAUAAAAGGUAAGUUAAUUAAUGACUUCAGUGGCAUGUCAUUGUAAAUAAGUU